UGUGCAGUGCAGUGCUGUGCAGUGCAGUGCUGUGAGCUCAGGAUGUACGAGGAGAGCGCGGCUCAGCUCAGACCCCGCUAUGGAUCUAUUGUGGAUGAUGAAAGGCUCUCUGCGGAGGAAAUGGAUGAGAGGAGGCAUCAGAACAUCGCCUAUGAGUAUUUAUGUCACCUGGAGGAGGCCAAACAGUGGAUAGAAGCUUGCUUGAAUGAAGAAUUGCCCCCUACCACAGAACUCGAAGAAGCAUUACGAAAUGGAGUCUAUCUUGUCAAACUCGCAAGCUUCUUUGCUCCUAAACUGGUGUCUCAGAAAAAGAUCUACGACCUUGCUCAAACCAGAUACCAGCGCUCCGGACUUCACUUUCGACACACGGACAAUACAGUGAAGUGGCUCCGAGCCAUGGAGUCGGUUGGCUUGCCUAAGAUCUUUUAUCCCGAGACAACAGAUGUUUACGAUCGAAAAAACAUGCCUCGGGUAAUAUACUGCAUACAUGCGCUAAGUCUGUACCUGUUCAAGCUUGGAAUAGCACCACAAAUCCAAGACUUACUGGGCAAAGUGGAUUUUACAGAGGAAGAAAUAAGUAACAUGCGUAAGGAGCUGGAGAAGUAUGGAAUUCAGAUGCCUGCCUUCAGUAAGAUUGGUGGAAUCCUGGCUAAUGAACUUUCAGUUGAUGAAGCUACAUUGCACGCUGCAGUAAUUGCGAUCAAUGAAGCAAUAUCUCAAGGAGUAGCAAAUGAGACCUUAAGGACUCUGAGGAAUCAAAAUGCCAUAUUAACUAAUAUAGAAGGUGACUUAGCACAGAAUUAUCAAGACACAUUAUUUCAGGCCAAGAAAACCAAACAAGAGAGUGCCAAAAGUAAGAGCGAUUCUGCUGCAAUGGAGGAAAGGGAUAUGUAUGAAGAACUUUUGACUCGUAGUGAGAUUCAAGAUAACGUCGAUAAGGUCAACAUACAUAAAGCUCUAGAGCAAGUGAAUGAGGCCCUCGACAAGAAGGAUGAGGUUACUUUACUGUUGAGUCUAAGGGUCCCUGCGCUGGGGCUUGUGGGGGUGCAGCAAGAGAACUCGCCAUGGUAUCUUGCUCAUCUGCGUACUUACAAAGAACAGAAAUUACAGGAAGAAGGUUUUACCCGAAUGCUUAACAAAGGUGAACUUCACACAGAGGUCAGACUUUGCAAUGAGCUGGCCAAAGCCCAAAGACUCAAACUUGAAGCUGUGGAAAAAAUAAAUGCCGCCAUCCACAGCGGGGAUGCGACCCAUACUGUGAACAUGCUCUUGCAACCAGAGGCCCAGUUACCCCUGGUUCACCCGUCCAUGGCUGAGUUAUAUCAGACAGAAUUGGGGAACCUACAGAAACAGAAUCCUGAGGGGCACCUGACUCAUGAGGAACUCUUGGUUGCAGUGGAGAUGCUGUCAGCCGUGGCUGCACUGAAUAAAGCACUAGAGCUCAGAGAUGAUCACGGGGUUAUGCAACACCUCACCAGCUCUGCUAUCGGACUUAGCAAUCGCGAUGAAGUGAACACUCAGCGGUACGUGGACUUCCUGAAAUCAUUGAAGGUCCAGGCUGUGGAGGAGGGGCAAACAUAUCUGGGCUGGAAUGAUCUUCAGAGCUCUAUUGAUGAAGUCAAUUUGCAAAUUCAAGAGGAAAAUGAGAAGAUCAUUGCAGUUGGUUGUAUUAAUGAUGCAGUAGAUGAAGGUGAUCCCAAUAAAACACUGGAGGCCCUAUUGAUGCCCACUGCCAAGUUAGAAGCCACAAAUCCCUCACUAGCACGUCAUUAUCAAGAUGUUCUACAUCAUAUAAAACAAGAGAAGUGCAAGGUAACUCAGGAUGAAUUGGCGAUGCUGUGGCUGAAUGAGAUACAGGAUGCAAUUCACUCUGCCAAUAAGGACUCGGAAGAAACUGGUCACUUGGCUGUUGCGAUAAAGGAGAUUAACCUGACGAUUGAGAAGGAAGAACCGCAGCUGACCCUGACCUCGUUACAGGCUCCAAACAGCAGUGUGAAAGGGGUUCUACCAGAUUGUGCUGAGAACUAUCAGAAGGAACUCUUUGAAACAAAGAAACAGAAAGCCGGAGAUGGACCCAAUGGAAGUGUGUGGGUUACGCACAAGAUAAAAGGCAAUUAUGAUUUUUACUACAAUUUGGAAACCUCUGAGGGCACAUGGGAAAAACCGGAAGAAUUUGUGCAGAAUAACUCUCAUCUUACAAGAGAUGAAAUACAGGGAUAUUGUUGCAGGAUAACAACAGAAUAUCAUCGCAAGAAGCUCUGGUUAGCAAAUGAAGAUCAAAUUAUUCGCCUGCAGGCCUGUGCAAGAGGCUACCUUGUAAGGAAGGCUUACAGAGAGCGCUUGAGCUAUCUCAAUGAACAGAAACCGUCUGUCAUCAGGCUGCAGUCUUCUUGGAAAGGAUACAAACAAAGAAAAUCUUACAAGGAGAGACAAGAGUUCCUGCGAAAAAAUACAGCAGCUAUUGUCAAGAUCCAAUCUUUUGUGAAGAUGUGGAAAAUAAGGAAAGCUUUUCGCUCACAGCUUCAGUACUACAGAGACCAUACAAAGGACAUCAUUAAAAUUCAGGCUUACCUCAGAGCAAAUAAAGCCAGAGAGGAUUACCGCACGUUGAUCAGCUCUGACAGUCCCCCGCUGAAUGUGGUGCGGAAAUUUGUUCAGCUGCUAGAUCACAGUGACCUGGACUUUCAGGAAGAGCUUGAGGUCACGCGGUUAAGAGAGGAAGUUGUUACCAAAAUCCGAUCCAAUCAGCAGCUAGAGAAGGAUCUGAACCUGAUGGACAUUAAGAUCGGGCUUCUCGUGAAAAACAGGAUCACAUUGGAGGAUGUUAUUUCCCACAGUAAGAAAUUGAAUAAGAAGAACAAGGGCCAGGGGCAGGAUGUAAUCUCUGGCAAUAAGCAGGGACUGAAGUCCCUCAGCAAAGAGAAGAGGAAAAAACUGGAAGCGUAUCAGCAUCUCUUUUACCUGCUUCAGACCAAUCCUACAUAUUUGGCCAAACUGAUCUUUCAGAUGCCUCAAAACAAAUCAACUAAAUUUAUGGACACUGUCAUUUUUACAUUGUACAACUAUGCCUCAAACCAGCGAGAGGAAUACCUGCUGCUAAAACUCUUCAAAACUGCAUUGGAGGAAGAAAUCACGUCCAAAGUGAACCAGGUGCAAGACAUUGUCACUGGAAACCCCACAGUCAUUAAAAUGGUGGUCACCUUUAACCGCAGUGCACGUGGACAAAACGCACUCAGGCAAUUGCUCGCUCCAGUGGUGAAGGAAAUCAUUGAGGAUAAAAACCUUUCAAUAAACACAAACCCGAUUGAGGUCUACAAGAACUGGGUGAAUCAGAUGGAGAUGCAGACUGGGGAGGCCAGUAAACUGCCAUACGACGUAACAACUGAGCAGGCCUUAUCGCAUGCUGAAGUGAACACGAGGCUGGAGUCCUCCGUCCGCAGCCUGCGGGCAGCCACUGAUAAGGUUCUUGCUUCAAUUUUCACAUCGUUGGAUAACAUUCCUUAUGGAAUGAGGUACAUAGCCAAAGUUCUGAAGAACUCACUUCAUGAGAAAUUUCCCGAUUCCACUGAGGAUGAACUGCUAAAGAUUGUAGGGAACCUGCUUUACUAUCGCUACAUGAACCCAGCCAUUGUAGCACCUGAUGGAUUUGAUAUUAUUGAUGUCUCGGCUGGUGGGCAGCUACAUUCUGACCAGCGGCGGAACCUGGGCUCUGUGGCCAAAGUCCUGCAGCACGCUGCGUCCAACAAGUUGUUCGAAGGAGAGAAUGCACACAUGUCACCCAUAAAUGACUACCUGUCGCAUACGUACCAAAAAUUCAGAAAAUUUUUCCAGUCAGCCUGUGACGUACCUGAACCUGAAGAAAAGUUUAAUAUCGAUGAAUACUCUGACAUGGUGACACUAAGUAAACCUGUUAUUUACAUCUCCAUUGAGGAAAUCAUAAACACUCACUCGUUGCUAUUGGAGCAUCAGCAAGCUAUUUCUCCAGAUCAGAAAGACCCACUCCAUGAACUGCUAAAAGACCUUGGAGAUGUACCUGAUGUUGAAACUUUGAUUGGAGAGGGAGCAGUUGUCUCGAAUGAUCCCAACAAGGAAAAUGUACUCUCUCAGCUUGCCAAGACGGAGGUCUCACUUACACUUAUGAGCAAGUUUGAAUUGCGGGAAGGAGAUGACCGAAAUAUGAAAAGUUUGAUGAUAAAGACCAAAAGGUUGAUUGAAGAUGUGAUCCGAACGCAGUCUGGAGAAACGCUGUCUGAAAUCCUGGAGACUCCAGCAUCCUCACAGCAGGAAGCUGAACACAUGAAAGUAGUUAAAAAUCGUGCAAUUCUGGAUGCCAAAAUUCCUGAUGAAAUGAAACACAACCAGUCCAUUCUUGAGGAUGGGCUGCUCCCAAUUGAACAGAAAAAACGGAAAAUUCAAAGGAACCUUCGGACACUGGAACAGGCUGGCCUGGCCUCCUCAGCAAAUAAAUUCCAAGAGAUAAUCAGUGAUAUUGCAAAAGAUAUUCGGAAUCAAAGACGGUAUCGGCAACAUCGCAAGGCUGAGCUUGUGAAAGUGCAGCAGACCGUGAACGCACUUAACUCAAAGUCUCAGUUUUAUGAAGAACAGAACAAUUAUUACAACACGUAUAUUAAAACCUGCCUCGACAACCUAACGAGAAAGAAUGUCAGAAGGUCAAUUAAACUAGAUGGGAAAGGAGAAGAAAAGGGCAGUAAAAAAUCAAAACCAACCACUUUGCGUUACACCGCAUCAAGACUGCAUGAGAAAGGAGUUGUUAUGGAAAUUGAUGGACUGCAGUCCAACCAGUUUAAGAAUGUCCUCUUCGAUAUCACACCAGGUGAGGAAGUGGGUGACUUUGAAGUCAAGGCCAAGUUCAUGGGAAUAGAAAUGGAAAAAAUACAGCUUCAUUUUCAGGACCUACUACAGCUGCAAUACGAUGGUGUGGCUGUUAUGAAGAUUUUUGACAAGGCUAAAAUCAACGUCAAUCUGCUGGUCUUCCUCCUGAACAAGAAAUUCUAUGGAAAAUGACCCAACCGCACUAUAGCAACCCUGUCAGUCAAAUUCUUACUAAAAUCUUUCUGGAUCAUUAAUUUAAAGAAUGUCUUAUUCGCAAUCUAUACUGGGAUCGGGAAAGAUAUUUUGAUUUUCUCCAAGAAAAAAAUGUAUAUGACAGUAUUGGACCAAAACUGACUUUUGCCAUUGUUCUUUCAGCUUAAGUCUUAAACUAGUUUGUACCUUCUCAGUGUUUCCAAAGACUUCAUAGGCAUAGAUUUCUAACUUUAAAUGUUUAAAAACGCAGAAAAAUGUGCUUUGGGAAAGUUGGCUCUCUUACUGCAGACAGUUUCUUUGCUUUAUAUAACUGCAGUUAAUUGGAUCCUCAAAAAUGAUGGAUCCAGUACCUCCCAGUUUACUUUGCUCUCAGCUCUAUACUGUAUUUGCUGGAUAUCUCCGCCACUUUAGAGGAUUCUCAUGAUUCCCUAAAAAUCACAAUGCAAAUGGAUUUAACCUGUGGUCCAUCCCUCUUGGAUUAAUGUCCAGUUAAAGUGAUGCACCAGUUACAGUACUAUAAAAAUUAAAAUUAAAAUUUUAAAUUUUAAAAAUGCUAAGGUCAUUGGGUUGUGUACCAGUAAGACGGAUGUGUGGACUAGAUUAGCCAUGAUGACACUGGACAUGAUUUAUUUACUCUUGCAUCUUCCUUUGAAUCUUGCUCUGCCAUUUGAAUGUAAAUUAAAUACAAAUUGAGGUCCAGUUACUGAAUUGGUAACAAUGUAUCAAGAUGGCCAGGGCAUAUUCAAACCUGUUUCUGUAUGUUUAAAUUGUCUUUUGUGGUUCAAUGCUGGAAAAGCAACAGGAGCUUCAGAAUUGAAAGUACAAAGUUUUACUUAAAUGUUUGUACAGUCAACAGCAGAGCAGCACACAAAACUCACUUAUUUCCAAUGAGUGUUGCCUGUGAAGUGCGCACAGAUUGCCUUUUACCUCCAUCCACUACUUAUCCUGCAAUCAGUCGUCACUGUUCCUCAGUGCCUGUCACUUGUACUGCAGUCUAAUGCUGAAGUCUGAUUGUUCAAGUUUGAAUUUCUUUCUCCUUGUAUUUGAGCAGAAUCCCAAAUGCUGGUCUAGAUCCAAGUAUAAAGACACAAUAGGUAUGGGUUUGGUUGGAAUAUGAAGCCUCCUAAUUCCAAGUUGAAAUUUUACUGACAGUCAAUACAGGAGUCUAUUUUAAUCAAGAAUAUCUAACACAUUUCUGAACGCCAGUUACGCUAACAAUUUUAACUUCAAAAUUAAGCAUUUUUAAUGGAGAAUUCAAUUCUACGGUAAAACAUUUCAGACAGUGACUUGGGUGCAAUGCUAUGUGCAUACAGGGUAAGAAAGCUUGCAGUACAUUUUGACUUUACACCUAGUUCCUGCGAUUGAAAUGUCCAGCACUCUAUUCUAAUAUAUCUUUUACAACCAUAUAUUUCAUUAUGGCUUCUAAAAAGAAUAUUCUAACUAGGGGUUACUUGAUUCCUCCACUUGCUAUGCCUUUGCUAAUCUUCCGUUUUCUUCCUCUUGUCCAUUGAUAAAAAGCUGUACAGUAAAUAGGUGGAUCAAGUUAUGAAUCAUAUUUGAAUGCUUCUGAGAUGAAGAUUGUUUUCCUCUCAAGCAUCAGGAGACUGGAUUGCAAACUGUGGCAACUGAUGGAAUUUGUGAAAUAGUUGCAAAUUUUGCCCAUGGAAUCCAAAUCUACAGUCGCUAUCAUCUUUUAUUCAUUAAAUACAAAAUAGAAUACAUUCCAGUUGUGAUUUUUUUAAAAAUCUAUAAAAUGUUGAUUUUUGAUCAUAAAUUUGUGGAAAAACAGAACUUUAAUUUCCGGGUUAUGGGAGCACUGCAGCUUUAUCCUGAUCUCUAACCCCAAGUUUUCCGUGCUGCUUGUUUAGUUGAAAAAUAAAACGUAAUCAUUUAUUUUAAUAGUUUGCUUUACUGUACGAUUUCACUUCUGAAACCAUUCCUUUUUAAAAUAUUUGAUGUAAAGAUAAAAUAUAUGAUUGAAUAACAUUAAAAGAUAUUAAAAUAUGCACUACUGCCUAAUGGCCAAAAGAAUACUUGCAGCCAAUGUGUGUUCUACCUGUAGGAUGGUAAUGCUAUGAUUUGGCUCUAGUGAUUUGAUUUAUGUAUGUAUCUGGUCAGUGAAAACCAAUAUUUUGUGCCUUUUGUAUGUAAGCUGCUCUGUCCUGUAGUGUAUGCUAUUUAUAGCUGUUCCCUUUUUAAUACCAAAAAUGGAACCACCUUUGACAACAUUGGUUUGUUUUGGUCUGCCUUGUCAAAUUGUUCUAUGGAAAAUAAAUCUUUCUAAAAACUCGA